GCUUUAUAGGUGGAAUGGUUGAUGACUGGAAUAAAUUUUUACUCGUGGUUACGAAGAGAGGGUAGAUGAUACAGAUGAUACAGAGGCAGCAUAAGAAAGAAGUAAUUGCUGUCGUCUGAUUUAAAGUGGAGGCUCAUUAACUUCAUAGUUAACGCUUUCUAUAGGGCUAGAUCGAAAAGCACUUAGACAAAGACGUUAAGCUGUAUUCAUGGAAUAGAAAUUUGUCGUUCCACAUACACCCCUUAAUGGCAGCAAAUAAUGCAACAGAGAAAUAAAAAAGAAUGAAUUAUACACACUAUGUUUAGUUCUUUCUGAAAGGUAAUUUCGACAUCUAUAAAUUAUUUUACAUCGGCUACAUGGAGAAUAGUAAAACUGUCAAAACUGAGUUAUUGCUCAGCAUGGUACAGCUCUGCCACUAAGAUAAAGCACUCGCUCACACAUCCACACUCGCUACGGCCAAAUUGGUCGAUAAGGAUACGAACAGCUGCUCCAACAACGGAUGCAUGUUUCAAAAUUUUAUUGUUGUAAUUUUAUUGUAUAUUAAAAAGCAUAAACGAAACUAAUAUCAACGUUUAAGAAUAACACCGGUCAGAUGAAGUCCUUCCCGAUUAAUGCAUUCUUGCAGGCGAUUUCUAAAAUUGUCCAUGACGUCAUUAAGCAUGGGCUGAGAAAUUCUGUACCUGAAGUUUUGUUUGUUCUCAAAUCCCGAAAGAUGAAAAUGUGCCUCGUCGCAUAUCCAAAGUUUGUGAAUAAACUUCUUAUUUUCUCAAAUCAAAAUCGUUUUCGUUAGAUUUGUAAGGAUGAUGGUGCAAAUCUAACCUCAAGAUCCUUCGAAAAUACCACGAGUAACACUCUACAGACUCUCUGACCUUCACGUGCUUCUUCCUACAGCAACUCUCGCACUAUCAGCAUUCUAAGAAGUUCGAACGGAUCUCAUACAACCACAUCAUUGUUGUUUCGCCGACAUUUUCAAAAUUUAUGGUGAGCUGCUACAUAGUAAAACGCUUUCACAGCAAAUGAUAGGUGUUGUUUUGACCGUCGUUCUACGGCAACUGAAAUGCUUUGAGGUAAGAAACAUAAAAGUAACGUUGACAACUCGCCCCGCACACUUUCUACGUAUCCACAGCCAUUUCAAAAAUGCAGGAUUGGCUGCCGCAUCCUAUACAUCGAAUUUAAAGACUAUAUUGAAAGAAAGAUCAACACUUUCCUCGAAUUUUCGAUUUCCUUUGUAAGCUAAGUACUUAUUGGACUAUUCGUAAGUAAAUACAGUUUUCGCCUUUCGCCUCACACCCCAAGAAAAAGUUUCUUCAAACUACACAUUAAAUUUUAUUAAGAUGGGGACAAAAAAAAAUGUAUCCUCCAUCAACCCCUAGUUUUUGGCUGAGUAACACAUCAAUUAGAAGGUAAUUCAUUAUGAACUUUAGGGUUAUUUUUUAUUCAACUAAUUUAUUUCUUAAAUAUCAAUCAAAUACUCCAAAUAUCCUCCGAUGACCUCCAUGCAAUAUCAAAAUCAACUUGCUAAUUAUUAUCACGCACGAAUAGAUCGUAAUCCGAAUUCGACGUGUUCCAUUUUACAUUUUGAAAAAACUUUUGUUUUCUGAAUUUCUGGGGACUUAAUUGUUUCAGGAAGAACAAGGUGAUAAACUUCAAUCGGAAGCUAAUGAAGAGAAUAAAGAUAAUGACGCCAAAAAGGAAGCUAAUUCGAAUCCGGCUUUGAAAUCACACAAAGAAAAACAAUGUUGGUCGAUGUACUGCAAGAUGUCCGAAAAAGGCGUUAAUAUUUCUUUCGAUACUAUAUUAAGAGGAAUGUUGACUCCGACAGAAUACAGAAUCAGUAAAAAACAUUUAUUAGCCAAUUCUGCUACUGGAACAUCUGAAGAUCCUAAAUAAUAUUUUUUUAUAAAUAAAUAACGAAUUGCUUUGUAUUGCUAUUUAGUGAGUAAUCACUGUUAACACAUUAUUAAAUGUUUUCCCCGUACGUGUCUUUUUAUUUUUAGUGCAGUAGAAUUAGAAAGCCAGGAUGGAAGAUUGCCUCCUUAUUUUCCUGCUUCUAUAGAUUGCUGUAUGUAUGUAUGUAACGGGUGACAGUUGGGAAGCUGCCUCAAGUAAUCUCUUAUAAUUUUGAGAGAGGUGCAGGGAAAAAAUAAUAAAAACAUACAAUGAGUCCCUGGAGUAGUCAUUUUUACAUGAAACUAGCUGACUCGGCAGACUUCCUACUGCCACAAUUAUGAUGUUGCUUACUUACAACACAGAGUUUUCUUGAAACACCGGCUAUUUAUAAGGUUUCGAUUUGAUAUUGACAGAUACACACAGUUAUGACUGGCCUUGCGAUUUAUUUAUGGUCAUCGCAAAAACCAGACGUACCGGAAAUUGUAAACGUUUAAAAUCGAAUGGUGAAUCCGUUUGAAUCAUCGGUAUACGCGGAUCAAGACAUCCUCUACAUUGUAUUUUCCCUUUAUGAUUGUUGCCUCAUUGACAUUAUUCAUUACUUUUUUCACAUCCAGUCUUGUUCCAUUGCACAGUCUAAGUUGAUUAAAGUUACUGAUCCUACUUUUAACUGCGAAUUGUGAGGUGGUAAUCCACGCAAUUCCAACGAAUUUAAAAACUCCGUGGGAUAGCUGACUACGUCAUCCUGGUUGCUCGUUCACCCAGACAAUUAUGAUUAUUGAACUGUUACGCUAUAUCUGGGAAAACACGCUGAAUAAACUACUCUUUUGAAUCUGUGUGGGUAAUGUAAUGAAUACGGUCAAGGUGUCCACUGCGACUUUAUUAUUUCCGAUGUCUAACAACUUCACAAACACAUUCGCAGUUUCAUCUUGUUCCAAAAAUACUCGCAUGUUAGCAGUAAAGUGUCACUAUCACAAAAGAUCCACGGACUCAACAUCUCCACUAUUUACAAAUAAAAAAAUAUUCAAUCGUGAACAUAAAUGCAUUUCUAUUGGCUGAAGCUGUCAGAAGGCACGGAAAUAUUCCUGCUAGAGAGUCUGUGAUAAGCAGUGGCGUGGCUUGGUGAGAUUUAUUUAAUUUAUAAAAGUCUUUAAAUAAAUGAGAAUAUGGCGAUCUUUAGACCAUGAGCGAACGAAGACAAUGAAAUUGUACAGUGUAGUGAGAAUGAAGACAAUCAAAUGAUGACUCUAGUUAAGAGGAUACUGACCACAAUUUUUUUUUCUUUAUUUCUUUUCUUUUUCCUUUAUGGUUUUUGCUAUGAAAUUUCGUUUUCCAUCAAAAAAACGAAUGAUGUACAAAAAGUGCUCAGUUCAGGGCUGGUAUCCUGUUUAAACCAAACGCCCUUACAGGCAGGUAUAUUUUACUCGUCUAUUCACGUUUUAUAAUUUAAUAUUCAGUUGUAACAAGUUAGAGAGGUAUAAUAAUUAUUUUUUUCUUAAGUUCCACGUAAUAAGUAAUAAAAUUGUGUGCAAGGGUUUUUAUGUAAGUUUUUAUAAUCUGCAAUUGAUAUUGGAAGACCUAUACCAAUAGGUGGAUUGAAAGAAUCGAAUGGCCGGCUAGAUCCCCCGAUUUGACUCCUCUAGAUUACUUCUUAUGGGGUUAUUUGAAUAGAUAAUGGAAGAAAUUGACAAAAUAACCCCUGAGGUCAUACAAAAUGUUGUAGGAGAAUUCCAAAAUCGCCUCUGUUAUUGUCAAGAAGUGAAUGUUGGUCUUUUUGAACAUUUAAUUUAAUUGUAAAAUACAUUGAAAAUACAUUCUAACUAUUAUGCAACAUUAUUAUCUUCAUUCUACGGAAAGUUUUGUGAUAGAGACAUUAUCAAAAUUUCACAUCUUAAGAAUUAAAUUUUUAGUUAUGAUUGCACAAAAUUUAAAAAAAACUCUAUAUUGCUGAUCAGAGGACUAAAAUCCCUUUUCAACAAGGUGCCACACGAUCUCCACAUAGUACAUACCUAAUAACGCUAAAACUGAUAUUAUUCCAUACAUAUGGACCGCACUGUAUACUAAUAAUACCUGAAUAUUUGAAAAUAGUCAAUGGAUAAUGGGCUUCUCAUUUAGUCAGCUCAGUAUAGAAAAUCUAUAAAGCAAAUCAUCCCAUAUUUAGGUCUAUCUUAGAUUUCAUACUCAAACUUAAGAUUGACAAUUUAAAAUGAACUAUGACUAGGAAAAUAUAGUAUUUGAGACAAAAAGUACAGGAUGUAGUGGUAGACUAAUCGGAAUUACUAAUUUCCAACAUCCCCAUUGUCAAAAAUAAUAUUUCAUUUCUUUCUGUUUCUUGAUAGUUCAUUUAAUUAUUGAAAUUUAUACUCAAAAUUAUUUUCUGAAGAAGAAGAAAUAUUCCAUUCUACAAUACUUGAUACCAAAUAGCUGAUAAAAAUUUGUGCAUUUAUCAAAAUUGGUAUACAAAUCGAAAUUAGAACUGAUAAAUCCUAACAAAACAAUAUUGAUAUUCUAAUCAUGAUAUUCUAAUUUGAAAGAAAAUGUUUCAUCAAGUGCAGUCCUUUGCUUAGAUAAGAUCACUAAACAACUUUACAUAAAUUUUUUGAUUUGUAUUGGUUAAAUUUCUAUUCAUCUAUAUAAUAUGUGUUCGGUUUAUUAUUUUAAUGUAUCAAUAAAAGCAUUUGCACUGAAUUACUGUAACUUUUCUUCUUAUUAACUUAAGUACAAUAAAAAUGUUGGAAUCUCUGGUAAAGUCGUUAUUUCUUAAUAUAUGGUCUAAACGAAGUAAUUUUUUUUGUAAAAUAACUUCAGAAACUACUAUUGGUUUAGCUGAAUACAAAGAAUUAUAAUUAUUGUAAAUUAUAUUCACAGAUGAGAAUCCCUUAAAACUUUGGGUAUAACAUUAGGAUAUAUCAAAAAAUAUAAUAGCAAAAAUAAUACAGUUAUGAGUAAUAUGAACCAUAUAUGUGUAUUCAUUAACAUAAUUAUAUUCCAAAAAAAAAUAUAUAUAAAUUUAAUUUACAUGUUUUACUUACGUGUUCUUUUUCAAUUCAAACCUUCUUUAGAACAUAGAAAAUUAAGACGAAGAUUAUCAAUUAAUCAAUAAAUAUCAUCUCAAAUUUAUAUAGUAGAAAUCAUUUGUUAUGCAAAUAUACUUACACUUGGUAAAUAAAAUUGAAAUAAUCACCCACAAACAAAAAUUUAUGAAGCAUUGAUAAAUUGCUCCUCAUAGAUGAACCACAUCCUUUGCUCAAAAACUUUGCUCCUGCAGCUUGUAAAUAGUUAACAUAUGCAAUUUUUUGACUUGCGCAAAUAUAAUUGACGAAUAACCAGAGCAGUAAAAAAAAUUGAAUAGAUAAUAUUUUUGUGUGUAUAAAUGCUGGUGAUUAGCUUAUUCGAACUGUCCCGUCAUCAUAGUGAUAAUAUUGAAACUCAAUUUAUUUAAAAUUAUCCAACAGCUUCCACAGUUACAUAUAAUGGAUACCUCAAGUUAAUUAUAUUGUUAGUGUGCAUAUAGUUCUAUGGUUUCCUUUGUCAUGUAUUUUCAAUAUAUUAUUCAAUUCCAUACGGAUUCAAGAUUUAUUAUUAAAAACGAAAACUUUUUAAAGACGAAAGACAAAUUUAUUAUAAUUUAAAUUUGAGUCAAUUGGUAUCAAUGCAUUCGAAAAUCCCUAAAAACUGAAUGUUUGUAUUACUGAAAUGAUUAGUCUUGAUUGAUAAAUAAUAAAAAAAAAUAAAAGUAUAUAAACAUUAAUAAUUUUGGACAAUUUUUGUUAAUGGAACUUUCUAAAGAAUAGUUGUAUCUUCAUAUUUUAUGGUAUGAAAAAAUUUUCAAUAAAAUGUUUAAAAAGAGGCAUCCAAAUAAGGCAAAGCUCGAACAUAAAUUAUACUUAGCCAGAGAAAAUCCCGAGCUUAUUUUUGAUAUAUCUGAUUGUGAUAUUCGGGAAGUUCCAAGUGGUAUUUAUUCCCUUUGUAGGGUAUUCCUAAAGGAAUCUUUGAAUCUAGAACAUAAUAUGUUAUCUUCCCUUAGUGGGGGAGGUAGUUUAAAAGACCUUCAUUUGUUGAAAGUAUUGAAUUUAAACCACAAUGUAUUUACCAAUCUACCAGAUGAAAUUGGUCUAUUGUCAAACUUACAAGAGCUUUCUAUAUCCAAUAAUCAUUUGAAAAAACUUUGUGAUGGUUUUUGUGCACUCAAAAUGCUGAGAGUAUUGGAUGUUUCUCACAAUCAAUUAAAAGCUCUUCCAAAAGAUUUAGGAAAUCUCACAAAACUAAGGAGAUGCAAUUUAAGCUAUAAUAAAAUAAAAUAUUUACCGACAAGUAUACACAAAUGGAAAAACAUCCAGUGUAUUGAGUUAGAUGCAGAUGAAUACAUUUAUCCUCCGGCAAAUAUUACUAGUGAAGGAACAUACACAAUUUUACAGUAUAUAUGUGAUGAUGUUGGAGUUCCAUUUUGUCCUAAUGAAGAUGAAGUAGAUGCUGACAAGAAGGAACUAUUUCAAAUUGGAAACCAAAAUGAUUCACUACAAGAAAAAAUAUGGGAGCUAGAAAACAUUAAGCAACAAAAAAUGAGAGAAUACUUGGAAAUCGAAAGGCUGAAUGAACUAAUGAUGAGACAAGAAUUGGAAUAUGCUAAUACAUCAAAAUUAAAUAGAGACAAACUACUGGAGGUUAUAGCAAAACAACAGAAUGUUUUCGAUAACGAAUUAUCUAAAAUACAUCAAGAAAAAGAGAUUGAAAGAUUUAGAUUGUUAGAACAACUUCAAGAAGUUGAGCAUAAUGCAGACAUAGCUAUUAAGGAAUUGCUAGCUUUAUCUAACGAACCAUUAGGACAAUUAUUGGAGCAGGAAAAACUCGAAGAAGAAAAAUUAUUAUCCGCUAUCAAUAGAUACAAUGAAACUUUGAGAAAAGAUGAUAUUUUAGCAGCCAUGCAAGAUAUAUUAGCUCAAGAAACAGUGAUGUUUCAAGAAUUACAUCAAAAUCGAUUAGAAUCGUCAAAAAGUAUUUUAGAACAGGAAACAAAAAUUGAUAAUAAAUUAUUAGAGGUAUUGCAAAAUCAAGAUGAUCAUAAAGCUGAACUCAUUUGUAAGCUAAUAAUCGAUAAUGAUUUACAAAAAGCUGCUGUGGGUACAUUGCUUGAAAGAGGAGAUGCCAGAAGUUGGGGACUACUGCAACAAAUAAGACUGGUUGAAGCACAACUUGCAGCUUUGACAAAAAUAGAAAUAGAUAGGAAGAAAUUGCAAAUUGAUGAGCACAUGAUUGACCUAUGCGAGAAGAGAUGCAAUUUGUCAGUAUUGUUGAUCGAUUUAUUAGAACAACAAAAAGAAAGAAGAUCACAACUGAUUUCCACUCUUCAAACUAUGGAAGAAAACAAUAAAGAAAGUGUAGAAGAUUUUUGGUUAAGACAAUAUCAAAGACUUUUAGAUAAACUACCAGAAGGACUGUCCCAUGCACAGAAGAAUAUAGAUCCACUUCUAGCACAAGCCCUUUUAUUGAAUGGUGUGAUCCACUGCCUUCCAUUUUUAGCUAAACUUACGCAGAGCAACUGUGAUACUCGAUACAUAACAGAUAACGACUUGUUAAAAGCUGGCGUUUUGUGUGGCAACGAGCGUAGACAAAUCCUGGAUGCUUUUAAUAUGUAUGAGAAAGAGAAAAAAUGCUUUAGUAGUUGUGAAGAAAUUUGUGCGUCAGCCCCUCCUCAAUCUAUUGAAGAAGCCAGCGCACCUCUCCCAGACAAUAUUAAAGCUAUCAGUGCUUCUGAAUGUGUCAUUUGUUUGGAUGUAGAGUGUCAAAUAAUAUUUGUACCAUGUGGACACCUCUGCUGCUGUUGCAAUUGUUCAGUACCAGUUUCGGAAUGUCCUCUGUGUAGAGAAAUUAUAGAAAGAAAGAUAACGCUAAUUUUGUAAAAUCUACUCGUAUCACUUAAAUAUAAUAUUUAUUGAAUUAUCUACCGAUUUUGUGUAAUUUAUUCAUAUAAGAACACAGUAAAGCACUUCAAGUGUUCGUUUGAAUUUCUGAUAUUGUAUUAAAAAAUAUGGAAAAUAUUUUUCUGACGUUUGAAUUGAUAAUGUUUUAAAUUUAAACCACAGCCAACUUUCUAAAUUUGGGGGUGAUUCCAACUUGAUAUUUAUACUGUUUAAUAUGAUAAUACGUGUAGAUUUUGUCAAAUUUUUAUACUAUCUACAAGGUAGUUCAAAAUUAUUAAUUUAUAGUAGCUAUGUUCAAAAAUGUAUGUGUACUUUUUCUAAAACUGAAUAAUAAAGGAGAUGAAAACCUUUAUAACCAAAUGAAUUGAAAACUAUAUUCUUUCAUUUUUCAUAUGCAGUUCAUUCUAUUCUAUUCUUAUCUAUAUAUUAUCCAUUACUUUCUUUUUUCACCCGAUUCCUGAAUUCUUUUUUCUGUCACUAUCUUAAAAUGCUCAUUCCGUGUUUUUCUUGGUCUACCUUUUUGUUUCUUUUGUAAUAUUCUAGUUUUUUUGUUGAUAUGCAUGUGUCUUAGGUUCGACUCUACUUCAAUCAAACGCACAAGUUGAAUUCUAGACUCUUAUUUAUCUUUAUAAAUUACCCAAAAGUACCGCAAUCAAACGUAGAUGUUCAAAUUACUUAUUCUACAAAUAUAGUUCAUUCCACCUGAAAUCGUUACCAAUCACCUUUUAUGAAAUAUUUACAUUUAAAUACUAAAUAUUUCAAGCGAUAGUAACAAUAAUUGGAAUUUUUACUUUAUUAUUUCUCAAUUCAUCCAAUGAAAGGUUAUUCUUAUUUUUAAUUAUAUCACUUCUAGAAAUAAAUGUAUAAUUCUGGACAACCUUGUAUAAAGAAACUAUUGUUAUUCCUCUUGGAAAAAUUAUUCCAUUGAGAUAUUUUCAAACUGAAAAAAUUAACAAGUUAGAUAUAAUUUCUUUUAGAUGUAGAAGAAAUAAUGUAAUGAUUUUUUCCAUGCUCGCGAACUCGGAAAAAUCCAUUUCUGGACGUGUAAUGAACAAUAAUUUUCAUUAUACUUAUCUGAAAACAACGCAAAAAAGAAUAACAUUUAAAUUAAAAACAUUUUAUUUAUAAUAUAUCGUAAUAGUAUAAAACAUUAUCGGCAUUGUUUUAUUUACUGUCAGUUUAAUUCAAGUUAGUUUUAAAAUAAUGUUUUCAGAAGAAAAUCCAGUUGUUCUUAAAAACAUAUUAGAGCUAAAGGUACAAAACAGUGCUGAUUUGUUACCAGCAAAAUCCUGACCGAGAUAUGAACGAGUAUCGAUUCAAGACCUCCACACAAAAAAAGAAGGAAGCGAAUGCCAUUGGUAAUAAUAAUAAGUUGAAUUAUUGUUUUUAAAAACUUGAGCUUUUCCUGGUUUUAAGAAGAAAAUAGUUUUUUCAGUUGAAGUUCGAGCAGCGAAGAAGAUGAGUAAGUCUACAUCUUCACCAACAAUUGUAUUUUUCAAAUUAAUUGCUCUAUUGCUGUCAUAAGUUCAUCAAAUGAAAUAUCACUUGACGAAGAUGUUGCUAAAGUUCGGCGACGUUGUUCUGCAGCUUUAGCUCGUGCAAUCAUUGUAAUCCAGAGUUACUGUCAGUAACUCUGGAACCAAAAUGUCGACGUUGAAUGUUUCUUCUCUAUCCCACAUAACGCGGUGUAGUAAGUAUCCUUCAUCAAUCAUGUAUGUCAAAUUUUGGUUGUAAAUAUCAAAAUCUAUCUUUUCGAAACAAUCGUAAAUGGCAGAUUUCUGGGUUUUACACAUAUGAUGUCAUCAAACAACAAAAAAGUGUAAGGAGCACACAAUUGAACAGGAGACAGAUGUCUCAAUGUUACAAUGGCGUAUAAAUUAUGGGACUGGGUUUCAUUUUAGCUGAUAUUCUUAUAGUUAUUACUUAUGUAUAUUUUAUAUUUUAAGUGUAAGUUAUAAUGACCGAUAGAAAAAUGUUUCAACAUAUUUUACAACUCUACAGAUGUAUGUCUGUUACAACUUUUUGAAUCGUUAUAUCUCAGAACAGGUGGCUCGUAGGAAAAAAAGUAUUAAUUCGUUUUUGUAGAUAAUUUUAUGGUCUGGCAUCCAUCCAUCCAUCCAUCCCUGGCGACUAGAUGUUUAUGUUAGUGGGUAAUUACAGUUUUGGUCCCUGACAAAUCAGAUCUGUAAGAUGAAAUGAUAGAUCGUUUGAAAAUCACCUCCAGGUAUGCCUAGCUAUUGGCUCCAAAAAUUCCAACUUUGAGGAACAAGAAUAGUAAUUAUAUCUUACCAGUUGCUUAUUCCAUGUAUAUCCAAUUUUCUAAAUCCUGUUCAGUUUAAAUUAGCAGGUAUUUAUUGUAUAUAUAGUAAAGUUAAAGUUAUGAAAUUUUGAAUCUUCUUUACUUGAAUGCUAAUAUAUAUUUGUAAUUUUAAGCACAUUGUGAGGCCUUUUCUACCUUCAAACACGGUUUAUUCUAGUCAAUAACUACAAAUUCAUUUAAAAACACAAGUAAUUAGCAGAUUUGUGUAAUUAAAAUGCAACAAAUUCCUUCUAUCUGUGUAAAAUAUUCAUUGCCAUUUUUAUCUAAAAUAAACUGAAACUAUUCUUAGUAAAUUUUAUACUCAUACUAUGUUGUUUGUAUCAUGAUUUUGUUAAAACUUGAAUAAAAGUUAACAAUGUAUGAAAACAAA